UUAGAGGUUAGGUUAUGUGUUAUGUUAUGUUACGUUGUUAUCAAAUGAUGAAAUUCUGCCUGCAGCCUGCACUUUUUCGCUCUGUUUCCCAGGAAGAAUGAGAAAUAUCUCGCAUGUCUUAGAAGUUAACUCUGUUUUAUAAUGUUUGAUUCCGCUCUCUCUUUUGAAGUAUUAGCAAAAUGUGGAACCUCGAAAGCCAGGACAUCCCUAAUGACGCUACCUCACUACACAGUCGAGACUCCCAUGUUCAUGCCUGUCGGAACAAAGGGGACAAUGAAAGGUUUACUCCCUGAUCAGUUGAAAACUCUCGAUUGCCAAAUCAUUCUUGGCAACACAUAUCAUCUUGGAUUACAGCCGGGUUCAGAACUGCUAGAAAAGGUUGGUGGCUUGCAUAACUUUAUGGGAUGGGACAGAGCACUUUUAACCGAUUCAGGUGGUUUCCAGAUGGUCUCCCUUCUAAAAUUUGCAGAAAUUACAGAAGAAGGCGUAAAAUUCCAGUCUCCAAACGGAGAUAAGGAAUGCAUGCUAACUCCUGAAAGAUCCAUUGAAAUUCAAAAUGCAAUUGGUGCUGAUAUCAUCAUGCAAUUAGAUGAUGUUGUACCUACACUUGAGAAAGGCCAGCGAGUUGUUGAAGCCUCUGAGAGGACCAUUCGUUGGUUAGAUCGUUGUCUAGUAGCUCAUAAACGACCCAAGGAGCAGAGCAUUUUUCCUAUUGUACAGGGUUCUCUCAUACCGAAUUUACGAAUCAAGAAUGCUGAAGAAUUAGUCAAAAGAAAUACAAAUGGAUAUGCAAUUGGUGGGCUGAGCGGUGGUGAAGCUAAAGACGACUUUUGGAAAAUCGUCAAGUUAUCUGCAGACCAUCUACCUGAAGACAAGCCUCGCUAUUGUAUGGGAGUUGGAUGGGCGGUUGAUCUUGUCAUCUGUUGUGCCCUUGGUGUUGAUCUCUUUGACUGCGUUUUCCCUACAAGGACAGCCAGAUUUGGUUGUGGUCUAGUGAAAUCUGGUCAAAUCAAUCUACGACAGAAAGCGUUUGAAUUCGAUAUGGAACCUAUAGAUCCUGAGUGUGAUUGUUCAACUUGUAAAACUUACACCAGAGCGUAUAUUCACUCUAUUAUUUCAGCGGAGACUGUGGCGUGUCAUCUUUUAAGUGUUCAUAAUCUAGCAUUCCAGAUGCAUUUAAUGCGGUCGAUUCGUGAAAGUAUCAAGCAAAACAGAUUUCCAGAGUUUGUCAAAGACUUUAUGAGAAUCAACUAUCCAGAUGGCCAGUUCCCCUUGUGGAUAGUUGAAUCACUGAGUAGCGUCAAUAUCACACUUGACCGCUAAAUUUCCGGAUCUGAGCAAGUUUUUGCCUUUGUUUUUAGAAUUAGUAAUGUGCUGAAAGCAUUCCUAUUUUAACCCACCAUUUAUUUCUGUAUCUAUUUACUUUAUAAAGUUUUUCCAGUCUACCAAUAAAUUUUUUGUGCCUUCAUGUCA